AUGGUCAUGCCGCUACGCAUGCUUUUCCUGUCUCGACCGAUCUUCUUCACCUCGCUGCUCACGGCUAUCGGAUACGGAUCCCUAUAUAUCUUGUACACGACCAUCCCGACAACAUUCGUCGAGACUUACGGAUGGGCGCCCAAAAACCUGGGCCUUGCUUAUCUCGGUACGGCUGUCGGUAACCUCAUUGGUAUGCUUGGAGGCGGUGCAAUUAGCGACAGCCUCGUCAAGCGGAAGGCACUCAAGGGCGACAUGAGACCGGAGAACAGAUUGCUACCGAUGAUAUUUUGGUUCCCACUUGUGAGUAUUGGGUUGUUCAUCUAUGCUUGGACGGCUCAGUAUGGAGUGCACUGGAUUGCGCCAUUGAUCGGAACGGCGGUGUUUGGUGCUGGGUCUAUGAGCGCUAUCUUCUUCACAGGCACAUACAUCCUAGACGCCUACCCACUCCACUCCGCAUCUGGCAUGGCCGCCUGCUCAGUCAUGCGCUCGCUCGUCGGUGGUCUUGCGCCUCUCUUCUCGCACAAGAUGUAUCAAAAGCUCGAUGUGGGUUGGUCCUUUUCGUUGCUUGCGUUCAUCGCUCUUGCUUUCGCGCCGGUACCGUGGGUGUUUUAUACUUUCGGUGAGAAGUGGCGUGCUGGUGAGUGUUAUGGAGGGAGGGGCGAUACGGGUGGGUUGGAGCGAGAACAGGUGGGAUCUAGGGUCAUGAUGGUGGAGGUAGACGGGAAGGCGCUUGCGUGA